GAAAUGGAACCUGCUAAUUACACCAGGGUGACAGAAUUUGUUCUCACUGGCCUAUCACAGGCUCGGGAGGUGCAACUAGUCCUAUUUGUUGUAUUUCUAUCCUUCUAUUUGUUCAUCCUUCCAGUAAAUGUUCUUAUUAUUUUCACUGUCAGGCUUGACCCACAUCUGACCUCACCGAUGUAUUUCCUGUUGGCUAACCUAGCCUUCCUUGACAUUUGGUACUCCUCCAUCACAGCCCCUAAAAUGCUCGUAGACUUCUUUGUGGAAAGGAAGAUAAUUUCCUUUGGUGGGUGCAUUGCACAGCUCUUCUUCUUGCACUUUGUUGGAGCCUCUGAAAUGUUUUUGCUCACAGUAAUGGCUUUUGACCGCUAUGCUGCUAUCUGUCGUCCCCUCCAUUAUGCUACCAUCAUGAAUCGACGACUCUGCUCUCUCCUGGUGGCUGUCUCAUGGAUGGGGGGUUUCAUUCACUCUAUAGUACAAGUGGCUCUCAUCGUUCGACUUCCUUUUUGUGGGCCCAAUGAAUUAGACAAUUACUUCUGUGACAUCACACAAGUUGUCCGGAUUGCCUGUGCCAACACCUUCCCAGAGGAGUUAGUAAUGAUCUUUAGCAGUGGUUUGAUCUCUGUGGUGUGUUUUAUUGCUCUCCUAAUGUCCUAUGCCUUCCUCUUGGUCAUGCUCAAAAAACACUCAGGCUCAGGUGAGAGUACCAAUCGGGCCAUGUCGACCUGUUAUUCCCAUAUCACCAUUGUAGUGUUAAUGUUUGGGCCAUCCAUUUACAUUUACGCUCGCCCAUUUGACUCUUUUUCCCUAGACAAAGUGGUGUCUGUGUUCCAUACUGUAAUAUUCCCUUUACUUAAUCCCAUAAUCUAUACAUUAAGAAACAAGGAAAUAAAGACAGCCAUGAGGAAGUUGGUUAGCAGACAUAUUUUAUGUAAAGAGAAGUGA